AUGGUUUUCGUUAAUAGCUGGGGUGUCUGGGCGUUGGCUCUUGUCAGCGCCAUUGUUGCCCGCGCGAUUGUUAGACGAUAUUGGACCUCGAUCGGGGAUAUCCCCGGCCCACUGUUGGCUUCAUUCUCGAAUCUCUGGCAGGUCUCGCAGAUUUUGAAAGGCCAUACCGAAACGGCAACGAUCAGAUUACAUCAAAAACACGCGGAGAAUACGGAUCCUUACCGUGUGUACUGUCAAGGGUACUUUGUUCGCGUCGCGCCAAAUGAAAUCAGCGUUUCUCAUCCCGAUGCCGUCCGACAGCUGCUUCAUGCGCAAAUUGCAAAGGGCCCAUGGUAUGCAAUCAUGAGUCUACCGGACUAUCGCUAUGUCAACCAAAUGUCGGAAUUAGAUCCCCAGCAACAUAUCAGAAAACAGCGAAACAUCGCGUCGGGCUAUGCUCUCUCCAACAUCAUUCAACAUGAGCCGCAUUUUGACGCAGUACUCCAGCUAUUAACUUCCCGCCUGGACGACUUUUGCAAGUCCGACCGUCCGAUUGAGUUAGAUCGGUGGUUUACCUUUUUCGCCUUUGACGUUGUAGGUGAGGUCAUUUUCUCCAAGUCGUUUGGCUUCCUCGAACACGGUAAGGAUAUCAGAAACGCCAUUACAAACCAGAGACUCCUAGCGCCCUAUGCCGCGGUUAUGGGCUACUAUACAUGGUUCCAUAACCUGACGCUGGGAAACCCGCUUCUUAGCCGACUGGGGAUCCAGCCGUCUUCUCACAUUCUUGACACGUGUAUUGCGGCCAUCGAGAUGCGCAAGCAAAACCCUGAAAAACGAAAUGACAUGAUGCAGAAAUGGCUUGACACUCGUGCCAAGUAUCCUGAUCGCAUGGAGGAAGUUGAGAUCUUUUCCACGGCCGUUGGGACUCUUGGCGCUGGUGGAGAUACCGUUAGCGCAACGAUACAGGCGCUAUUCUAUUUCUUGAUUCGUCAUCCUCGAUAUAUGUUUCGGCUGCGGGAUGAACUCGACGCUGCUGAGGCCCGCGGGGAGCUCUCGCCCAUUGUUCAGUAUGCCGAAGCACAGAAAUUACCCUUCCUCCAAGCCUGUAUAAAGGAGACAUAUCGGUUCCACACGGCUGUUGGUCUCGGUCUUCCGCGAGUCGCCCCUCCAGGUGGGAUUACUAUCGCCGGCAGAUUCUUCGCUGAAGGGGUAAAAUUCUCCCCAAGCCGUUCAUUUUGUGUGAUUCAAAAAGUUGACAGCGAAGUCCAGACUAUCCUCAGCGUCAAUCCCUGGGUUUUUCAUCGAAAUCCUGACAUAUUCGGUCAGGAUUGCGAUAGCUUCAACCCAGACCGUUGGCUGCAUGGAGUAUUAGGAGAUAUGAUGGGGGCCGGGUACAACGCAUGUCCCGGGAGGAAUUUCGCUCAAUUUGAGAUAUGCAAGCUUGCUGCCACGGUGUUCCGGGAUUAUGACAUUGAGCAAGUAGACCCCAAGCAAGAGUGGACAUGGCGCAAUCACUUCAUCUGCGUGCCAUAUGAAUGGCCCUGUAAAAUUCGACGUCGUUCAAAGACAUGA